AUGGCCGACCGCGUCCUUGUGCUACAGAACCCGAUCACGGUGUUCUUUGCCUUGACCCAGGGCUUGUCGAAGGCGGACAAGAAGAAGGUGGAGAAGUUGCGCCUGCCAGAUGAGCAGUGGGACUUGUUGAAGGACUUGAGGACAUUUCUCAGCCCCUUCAACAAUGUCUCCAAGGUAGCUGAGGGGACGGCGUACCUGACAGUGUCGAUGGUGGUGCCGUAUUACAACGGCCUCAUCGACGCCAUGGAGUCGCACCUGGCCAAGGGGCUAUCGGCGACGCUGCGGCUGAUGAACGAGAAGGCGCUUGCAACAUUGAAGAAUAUCUCCCUAGUCGCCGACGACUUGCGGCGCGUCAGCAGGUACUUGUCCGAGCGGGUGCGGUGCGACGUGUCAGCGCUAGAGUACUGGCGCACUGCUACCAACAUGGAGACGCUGAAGCGGAUGGCCAGGGAUUAUCUCGCCAUCCCUACCACGUCUGUUGCGAGCGAGCGUGUGUUCUCGCUGGGCCGCAACCUCAUCUCCUGGAAGCAGCACCGCCUGAACUCUGAGAGGUCGCGAGCCUGCAUGAUUCUUAGAUCGUGGUAUGGCUCGCACCCUGGCCAGAGGAUCGGCGAGGGCCGCCGACCGAGAGGGGUCGCACCACUGGAGAUCGCUAUUGAGGGCGAUGUGGCGGAGGAGGAGGAGGAGGAGGAGGAGGAGGAGGAGGAGGAGGAGGAGGAGGAGGAGGAGGAGGAGGAGGAGGAGGAGGAGGAGGAGGAGGAGGGGGGGGGGGGGGAGGCGGGCGCAGCUAAGAGUGAGGCUGGUGGUGUUGGUAGUGGGGAGGAAGACAGGGAAGAGCACCGCCUGAACUCUGAGAGGUCGCGAGCCUGCCUGAUUCUUAGAUCGCGGUAUUGCUCGCACCCUGGCCAGAGGAUCGGCGAGGGCCGCCGACCGAGAGGGGUCGCACCACUGGAGAUCGCUAUUGAGGGCGAUGUGGCGGAGGAGGAGGAGGAGGAGGAGGAGGAGGAGGAGGAGGAGGAGGAGGAGGAGGAGGAGGAGGAGGAGGAGGAGGAGGAGGAGGAGGAGGAGGGGGAGGCGGGCGCAGCUAAGAGUGAGGCUGGUGGUGUUGGUAGUGGGGAGGAAGACAGGGAGUAG